AUGUCGUGUAGAACAGACGGAGUGUAUCAGGAUCUAACGAAUAUGCGAGUCCGGAUGCCAUGGAUACAAGCUUUGCGGGAACAAAGAGAAGCAGCAGGUCGUCCUAUCAGCGGCCAGGUGGCUUCUGGACAGCCCUCAGCUCCGGACUUGAAACCUAAGAAAAUGUCGGACAGCUAUCAUAAAGUGGUCCGUAAUCGGAUACUGUCGAAGAAGUGUAAGCUGACUGAUACAGAUAUAGAUCAUUCCUCUGGCGCAAGACCCAUGGCUUUGCGACAAUUAUUUGAAUGCGAACGGUCAGAUACGAAUGCAAGACUAGGGACGCUCUUCAUGGAUCUCGACGCUUUGUCAGGUGUUAUUGCCUACAAACAUACGGGGGACUCGGUCACGACUGUCACUGCGGCUGUCGACAGGAUUACAAUCAAUCAUCCCCUAAAAAGCAUCUGCGAUUUGCAACUCUCCGGGCAAGUGACCUACGCCACUGGCAGAAGCAGCAUGGAAGUAUCACUAUCAGUAGCUCAAGCCCCGGAGAGAGGCGAGCAAACACACGUCGAAGAUGUGCUUCUAUCAUGUGUCUUCACUAUGGUAUCCCUUGAUCCGGUCACUAAGAAGGCCGUCGCUAUCAAUCCCCUCAGACCAGAAACAAUGGAAGAGAAACGACUCUUUGAGAUGGGAGAGCGGAAUUCGAAUGAGAAGAAGGCUUUGUUGAAAAGGGCAUUGAAGAAGCAGACUCCCAAUGAUGAGGAGAGUGACCUCAUUCAUGCUAUGUGGCUGAAGCAACUUGACUACCAUAACCAAGAUCCAAAUACACCUACUCGGAAACCUGACAACCUACGAUUCAUGUCUGCAACAGUCAUGAGUUCAUCUUCGAUAAUGCAGCCACAGUAUAGGAACAGACACAAUUUCAUGAUCUUUGGUGGCUUCCUCCUUAAGCAGACGUUUGAACUCGCAUUCUGUUGUUGUGCAGCGUUCACUCACAGCAGACCAACGUUUAUCAGCCUUGACCCAAGUACCUUUGACAAUGCCGUCCCCGUCGGAAGUGUGCUCUAUCUCACAGCUACCAUUGCGUACACAGACCAAUCAUCAAUAGAGCCUUCCGAUGGUGUCAACGGCAAAGCCACUGACGAGCAUUCGGAUCGCAGUACUAAUAAUUCAACGCGGGUUCAAGUACGGAUCGACAGCAAGGUUCGCAAUGUCGAGCAUGGUGAAACUAAACCGACGGGGCAAUUCAACUACACUUUCCUGGUCGAGCGAGAUAUUAAGAUAAUGCCACAGACUUAUUCCGAAUUCAUGAUAUGGGUAGACGCUAGGAGGAGAGCCAAGAAUGUAAGGGCAUGUAUUGAAAACACUUCAUUUUCAGGGCAAACGCAGGACGAUGGCAGUGGCGGGAGGAUUCAUGAGUAG